AAGGAGCCCAAGCCCGAGCCCGAGCCCUAGCCGGAGCCCGAGCCCGAGCCGGAGCGGGAGCGGAGCUUAGCCACCGCCGCCUCUAGGUCCCAGGCGCCCGCCUCUUUUUGCUCCAGGUCCAGCCCCAGCCCCAGCCUGGGACUCGUCCCUUGGGACGGCAGCAAAUCGCAGCCUCCGGGUCAGUCCAGCUUGGUCCGGCCCGAAUCUAGAGCCCGGCCCAGGAUGGCAGCAGAGGCCCCUGCCCCCGGUCCCAGUCGUUUCCGGCCCGGUGCAGCGUCCAGCCCCGCCUCUGAAGGACCUCCCAACAGCAGUCCCUGGGAGCCUGGCGUCCCUGCCCCAGCCCGCUUCCCCUACACUAGAUGAACUGCGGCCCGGACUUCCGGCUCCCCAAGUUCUGCACCCCUCUGCCUACCCCCAGGCCGUGCACCACGAUCUCCAGCAACUGAAGCCCCUUCGCACUGCACCCUCCAGUUCCAUCCCCCGGAUCCGUCAGCCUUGCGCCCGCCACCCCCUCAGCCCUCCCUCCUCCCCCUCUUGCAGCUCUAAUCCCCUUCCCCUCUUCACUUCCCCCGUCCCGCAUCCUCGGUCCCUCCAGGGCCCCAGACCCCCCCUGGCCUUGCGAGCCUUUCCCGAGCUCUCCAGCCAGCCCCAGGACCUAAGAACCUCGGGUCCUCUACUUCUUGGGUAGGGGUUCCUCGUAGUCGCCCCCGCCCCCUCCGUUCCCCUGAGCUCGCGCCCCCAGCGGCGGCGCCAUGGCCAAGGACCAACUGCGGCCCCGGCUGUGCCGGAUGAUCAAGGGCGAGCAGGGCUACGGUUUUCACCUGCACGGAGAGAAGGGCAAGAGUGGCCAAUUCAUUCGCAAGGUGGAGCCCGGCUCCCCGGCGGAGGCGGCGGCGCUACGCGCUGGGGACCGACUGGUGGAGGUGAAUGGGGUCAACGUGGAGAAGGAGACGCACCUCCAGGUGGGCCCGAGGAUUGUUGUGCGUGUGCGGUCUGUGGAGGGUGAGACCCGGCUCCUGGUGGUGGAAAAGGAGACUGACGAAUACCUGGCCAGCCUGCACCUGACUUGCACAGAGGAGAUGGCUCAUCACGGAGUCCUGCCUUCAGCUUCCAUAUCCCCCCAGGAUAAUGGCAACUUGUGGGAGCCCCAGCCAGAGAGCCGAUCCCCAAGGGCUGGGGGGGGGCAGCUUCAGCAGCCAGAAGCCCUCUGCAACAAACACAAGGACAAAUGUCAAGCAGAAGCUGCUCGGGGCCCCCCGAGGCAGCGGCCGCCACAGGGGGGUGGGAGAAGAAUGCAGGGGCUGACCACACCUGGCUGUCAGCCGCUCCUCAGACAAAGGGUCUGGCCCCCGCCCUGCCUGUCCCAGUCCCCUGGGUCCCCCAGGAUCCCUGGGCCGGGGGAGGAGGUAAAUAAGAGGCUGUCUGUACUCAGUUGGGGACAGAAUUGUGUUCUCUCCCUGCGGGAUAGCUGUGUCCGAGUGUCCAUCCAGAUGGCUCGAUCUGGGAUUGCUGCUCAACCUCCCAGAGCCCCUCCGAGGAGUCCCCCCUGGGCAGGCAUACAGGAUGUGCCUGGCACCCCCCGGGAGCUGCGCCCACGUCUCUGCCACCUCCACAAAGGCCCCAACGGCUAUGGCUUCAAUCUGCAUAGUGAGAAGUCCCGACCAGGGCAGUACAUUCGGCUGUGGAUGCUGGCUCACCCGCCUGCCCACUCUGGCCUUCGACCCCAGGACCGGUUAAUUGAGGUAAAUGGCCGAAAUGUAGAGGGACUUCGUCACGCAGAAGAAGUUGUGUCCAGCAUCAAGGCCCAUGAGAUGAAGCACGGGCUGCUUGUGGUGGACCCUGAGACUGAUGCCUAUUUCAAGAGGCUGCGGGUGGUGCCUACUGAAGAACACGUCACAGGUCCACUGCCUUCCUUGAUUACCAAUGGGAUGAGCCACCACAGAUCAAUGGCGGCUCGACCCUGCUCGUCUCGGACGGACCUGCAGAAUGUGGACAGGGACACAGAGGACAAUGACAUGGCCAAGAGGGACCCAUUCCAGGAGAGCGGGCUCCACCUGAGCCCCACAGCAGCAGAGGCCAAGGAGAAGGCCCGGGCAAAGCGAGUCAACAAGAGGGCACCGCAGAUGGACUGGAACAAGAAGCGAGAGAUUUUUAGCAACUUCUGAACCCCUGUUCCUUCCCCAUCCCCCACAGCCGGUGGCUCCUCCUGCUUCUCCCUGAAGGAAGGGAACUAGGGAACUCCCUGCCAGGAGGCACAGGCUUUGUGCUCAACUGCCCCACCCCCUUCCUGAGUCCAGAGCUCCAAUAGUAUCUCCAACCUGUGUCUGAGGAGCCUCCGGCUGAGGUUGGGGAGGGGAGAACUUCCUCUUGGUCCCAAGGAUUUGGCCUGGUCUGUUUCCCUCCCAAGUCCCACUGCCUGCCUGCACCCUUGCUGCUGGAAGAGCUACUUCCCUGCCCCCCCCCACCCCCCUCACCCCGACCAGAGCCUCAGUGAGGCAGGACAGAGAAUGGGGGUCUCUUUAGCUCCAGGAGCUAAACCUGACCCUGGGGGCUGGACCCUUGCUACAAUUCCUGCUGUCUGUUCUUGUCUCUUUGGGGACAUAUUCCCUGAGAGGAGGGAGAGAGAGAGAGAGAUUGAGACGCAGACAGAGAGGAAACAGACAAAGAAAGAUAGAGGCCCAGUAAGAGAGAGACCCUUUAUUAUUGUGUUAUUUUAUUUUUCAUUGGCCAGUGGAUUUUAAGGGAAUUUUUGUGUUACACAUGUUUUCAUUUACUGCCAGGAAUCUUCCCUCCCCCCAUAAGGUCUCAGUCUCCUCUCUCUCUCUCUCUCUCAUCUUCUCUCUCUCCUCCUCUCUCUCUCUCUCUCUCUGUCUUUCUCAGGCAGCAAAACAAACUCUCUGCAGUCCCCCUUCCCUUCCCCAAUCACUAUUCCUCUCCUGUUAAGUCACAGAGAGCAGGGGGACCAAGGCCAGAAUUGGCAGCUGACAAGCCCUGUGGGUGGUUAGGAGGGAAGGAAGCUCAUUUGGGGCUGUGAGCCAACCUUGCCAGUCUGGGGUCUCUCAGGAGGUUGCCUCCAUCUGGGGAUGCUGGAAAUAACUCAAGGGACCAUCCUAGGUCCCUGGAGGCAAUGUAGGGGCCCCCAGAACUGAGGGGCCCCCUGCUCCUUGUCACCUGGGCCUGAGCUUUGCUGCCUUAUGCUCCAUGUGUGCCUAGAACCUGGGUCAAGCCCUAGUUACUGGUGGGCCAGGGUCACCCUGCUCUGCAUGAACCUCAUUGGGCAGUUGGCUGCUGAACCAUAAUCCUCUCCAGCAACCUUUUCUCGGAUGGGCUGAGCUUGGUAACCAAGGCACCUACAGCUUCUGCAUCUUCUAGCCCUGCUUCUCAGAUUGGCUCUUCAGUGCUUUAAGCCUCCUUGGCAAUCGCCCACCCCUUCCUUGGGACAGCCUCUUGCCUUGGAGCCUGGAGGACAAGCAAUGCAGACCUUCUGGGAGUUUCUUUUUUAACCCACCCAGUCUUUCAGCUGCUGACUGAUUUGCAUUGAAGACAAAUGUUUUGGACUGGGGAAUGUAUGCUUUGAACCCUAUUGGGGUCAAUUAUUAAAAUGUCUUUGGGUCUUUUCCUCUUCCCAAAGUCACUGCCAACCCUCCUAGACGAGAGCAACCAGAGACAGUUUGUGGAAAAGGACAUGGCCUGGAGGAAGAUGGGGUCCCAGGUGGGGAAAAAGGUCUCUGUAUACUGUUCUGUAAAUGUUAUAAAGUGCCUCCUUAGGACUGUCCUGGGUGUCCCAGCCCAUUCAGGGAGGGCUGAACUCUGGGGGUGGGUAGGGAAGGGAAGGGUCUUAGGAAAGUGCUCAGGGCUGGGGGAAAAAAGAGACAGGUUUGCUUUGAUAAGUUUGUUCUGUUUUAUUGGGGUGGGGAGUGAAGAUGGAGUGAGGAUAGAGUGAGGGAGUAUCAUGGUGAGGUUGGGGGCAGGGGUCUUUGAUGCACAGCAGCAACUGGGGUCCCAGAUCUGAUUGGAGAGUGGUGUUGUUUGGGUGUUUUACACCCAGCUGGCCCCUGGGAACUGGUGCCACCUUCACUGACUGGAGAAUGCUCUCCUGGUUGUUUGGUGCUCCUGAAGAGACAACCAAUGGAUGGAGUGAUUCUGGCACAGAAACCCGUAUGAGUUCAACUCACUGUCACACUGGUAUGGGCCACUCUGGCCUCUAGGUGUAGGGCCCAAACCUUCCUGAACACGGGAUCUUCCUUCCAUGUAAAAAGGCAAGACACAGAGUAGACUGCCUUCUCUUAGUGUAAGGGCCAAAACUGGUGGGCACACCCUCACCCACAGACUUCAGGAGGGGGGCUUACAGUGGCAGUUAUCAUGGGGAAGGCAGAAACAAGUUGUUACUCAGCUGAAAUCAUGUAUGCAGGAUUGCAAAUACACACUUAAGCUUCCCCUGAUAGGGCACCCCUAGAGAUCACCUAGCUCUCUUUCUUGUAGUAUGAUAGUAAUAACUGCUUUCUUUCUCCUCCCUCCACUUACUUGGAAACCAAUGCAAGUAUAAGCUGUCGGCUUGUAAGCUGUAAUGUGCACUGUUAACAUUGAUAUAAACUUGGAAUUGCCAUGUACAGUAAAGAUAGGCUGCUAAGCUGUAAGAAA